GAAAAGGAGAGAGAUGAGUGUGGAUAGCAGAAAAAGUUGAGGUCGGCUGAAUACGUAGAGUUUAUGAAAAUGGCGACGGCGUUUGCGGCAGCAACUUCCUCGGCGGCCACCGCCGUCGUGUUACCUCGUCUUCCUAGCACCACCGCUGUCCGUUGCUCAUCGUUACCGCACCUUCCAGCUCGUUCGUUUUCCACUUCGAUCAAACAGAUUUCAGUAUCACGAAGGUCAUCUCUAUUGAAGAUCAAGGCCUCAGAAGAUGCAUCAUCUCCUCCGGAUGCUAAUGAAUUGUUCAAUGACUUAAAGGAAAAGUGGGAUGCACUUGAAAACAAGUCAACAGUUAUAGUGUAUGGAGGAGGAGCAGUUGUUGCAAUUUGGAUAUCUUCAAUCCUUAUUGGUGCAGUCAACUCAGUGCCAUUGCUUCCAAAGAUCUUUGAGUUGGUAGGACUUGGAUAUACCGGAUGGUUUGUGUACCGAUACCUUCUGUUCAAGUCUAGCAGAAAAGAGUUGGCAACAGAUAUUGAGUCGAUAAAGAAGAAGAUUGCAGGGACCGAGUAAAUUAGGUGUAUAUAUAGGUUUCUACAUGUAAUAUAUAUGAUACGCUUUCUUCAAUUUUUCAUAUAACAUUUGUGUUUGGGAAUAUGAUUGUGUGUGCAUUGGAGCCAAGAGAAUACAAGAUUUAAGUUCAUA